CCUGCACACAGUAGACAAAACACAUUACCCCCGAGGAGGUGCACACAGCUCUCUGCAGGCACGCUCAUGCUGUUGGGAUUCCAAACAUGGCAACGAUGAAAAGCUUUGUUUUCAUUUUCACCCUGGCAGCCCUGGCAGCAGCUGAAGCAGGAUUAUUGAGAGAAAAAAGAGGGUACACAUUUCCUCUUUUUCCUUCCUCCCACUCUACAUCGUCCUCGUCCUCUUCGUCUUCAUACUCGUCCUCUUUUGAAAGUUCAGGUAGGAUCUGUCUUAAUGGAGGCAGCUCUGUCCCGUCCCUGACUUCUGGUGAACACAUGUUCUGUUUGUGUGCUGAGGGUUUUGAGGGGAGACAUUGUGAAAAAGUGAAAGCUGGUCAGUGCUAUGAGGGAGUGGGGCUGUACUACAGAGGCACCGUGGCCAGAUCAGAGAGUGGACGGACAUGUGAGGAGUGGGAUUCAGACACCAGGGAGGGCUACCUGUCAACAGAUGUCAACUCAGGGAGGCACAACUACUGCAGAAAUCUUCACUACAGGCGGCGUCCGUGGUGUCAUGUGUGGAAGAACCUGAAGCUGGUGUGGGAGUACUGUGCUAUCCCACGCUGUGGCUCUGACUCAUUUCCAGAUCCACCCCUGCCUGCACCCACUGAACCUCAGCCAGCUGCAGAGUCCUCAUGUGGUCAGCGCUCCAGGAGAAAGCAAAUGAAGAUCGUGGGAGGAACAGUUGCCACUGUGGAAUCCCACCCGUGGGUUGCUGCCAUAUUUUGGCGCGGCAAAUCCAAGGAGAAGGUUUUCCGCUGCGGGGGGAGUCUGAUCUCACCCUGCUGGGUGCUCACAGCUGCACACUGCUUCCCCGACGGCUCCCAAACCAAAGUGCGCCGUCUCUCUGUCACCCUGGGGAAAAAUGUGAUGAAUGAGACUGACCCGAUCGUGGAGCAAACAUUCAGGGUGGAGGAAAUCAUCCUCCAUGACGGGUUUGACAAAAGUGAAGAGAGCUAUAACAACGAUAUCGCUCUGCUGAAGCUAAAGGCUAGGAAUGGGCAGUGUGCAGAGGAGAGCAGCUCAGUGAAGAGUGUGUGUCUGCCGCCGCCUCAGCAGAACCUCCAGCCUGGGGUUACCUGUGAGAUCGCGGGAUAUGGGAAAGAGAAGUUUGGUUUGUGGUAUAAGUCUCAGUUCCUCAGAGAGGCUCAGGUGAAUCUCAUCGCUGACGAUGUGUGUCGCAACUAUUAUGGGAACAUGAUCAGUGAUAACAUGUUGUGUGCGGGACGUACCGACUGGAGCCAGGAUGCCUGCGAAGGGAGACUCGGGGGGCCUCUGGUGUGCGAGGCUGGCAACACGCUCUUCCUGUUUGGAGUCAUCAGCUGGGGCGACGGCUGCGCACAGGAGGAUCGACCAGGCGUUUACACCAGAGUGACCAACUACAACAGAUGGAUAGAAGAGAAAACGGGGCUGACCUCCAUCACUGCUGGCUCCAUGUUUCCACAGAAAUGAAGAUAGGGACAAGGACUGUUAUUACUGCUGCUGUUUUCUCAUGUUCUUGGUGGUCCUAAAGGAUUUCUGCAGUAUUUAACAUUUUCCCAUGAAUAGAAUCAAACCAACAACCCAUUCAUUCGACUAGCUAGCAUGGUUUAGCUAAAGCCAAAUCGUAUUCCUCUGCGCAAUGGGGUAGUUAAGUAACGAGUCAUAAAUCCCGGGAAAUGCAUGCGGUAAGAAGAGUCUGCGGUUAACGCAAGUUUGCAAGAUUCUCACGUUUUGUUGUACGACAUCAAAAACGUAAGUAAAUACCCCACUCGGGAAUAUCCGAGGCUAAUAUCAUCAAAACGGCGGUUGCUAACAAGUGACUUAAUUACACUCCUAAACCUUAUCAAGCCGUACAGUAGCCGCCUAGCUUUGCGAUGAGUGACACGCAGCCAUGCAACUCGAAUGUAAUUCAUUUAUAGCAUUGUUAGCUCUAUGGUUCUGCAGUUGCAUUUACGCUUCAAAAAUCACAAAGUGGUAAUAAUUUGUGGAGACAUUUCUGCUGAACACAACGUAUGAAGUGUCAUAAACAUGUGCUGGCCACAAGACGCAUUUUCUGCGGUAUACUGAAAGCCAAUAGGGAAAUCCCAUUGGCUUUUUAUCAAUUGAGCCCAUGCUGUGCUAACAUGGCCUUCAAAAUAUGUCAUCACUGCACCACUCUAUGGAGCUCCAUUGUUAUUCCAAAACUAUUAACAACACCUGAGGCUUCUGCACUCCAACGAUUUUUCAUAUUCAAAAUAUAGAUGAUGUAAUUGUGUCAAUUGCGUCAAGAUACUGACCACUAAGUUUUCUGAAUAUGUUUAAUUUCAAAAGACUUUAAGAAAUUGAUUUAAAACUUGGAGCCACUGUACAUAUAAAGAUCAUCAUCCAUAAUGGCGUCUGAUUAGCUAGUUCACUUCCAGCACAAAGCACUUACUUAAAAAAUGGCAACAUUUUAAUGGUAACAAGUACAUCCAUAUACAAUACAAUCAAUUUCACUUGCAGCAUGUAUUUAAAGGGAUCAGCAAUAAUGUAAAAUGCACAUGAUGUGUAGGUUAGAGCUAAAAAGUUAUUUUUAGCUAAAAAGUUAUUUUUAGCUCUAACCUUGUUUUUUAGCUUAGUUUUUUAUUCUGAAAUGUAAUUUCAAUACUGUAAAUACAAUGCAGCUUAUUCUGUAACGACAGGGUGUUUCAUAUCUGGUACUUAUUGCAUUAAAUGGCCAUCUGCUUAUUUGUGUCUUUUAUAAGGUAAUAAUAUACUCUCAUAUUCAGAAAUAUGAUUCCCUUUGCUUUUAUAUUUUUUCUUGUUCUUUUUUAUCGGAUUUUACAUAUUAAGGGAUUUUUCUAAAGCGCAACCCAUAAUAUUGCACUUGCAUAAUGUUGCAUAAUUCCUUGAUUGUUGUGUAAGCUAUUUGAAUAACCACAGGGUCACUACUAUUGUUUGUUCUUCAUUCUUUAUGUUGAAUACUUUUGUAAAUGUUUUAUGUUUUGUGUAUUUUAUGUUUUUUUGUUUUGCACCAUCUUGGAAAUAACUGUUAAACACUUGCUGUAAUAUAAAUAAAAAUAAUAUUCUGUAAAAGUUACACAAGCGA